UAAGCAAAAUAUAUUCAACGUUAUAAUGUGAUCCUUGGUUUGUAUAUGAUACAUCGUUUUCCUUCUCUAUUCUCUCUCACAAAAUUCACACAUUCAUUAUAAAGAGAAAAUAAAAUAGCAAGAAAAACAACUAACGAUAAUGGAGGGUGAGAAUAAUGAUAGCAACAAGCUGGUUGAUGUUAGUGAACCACUGCUCAAUGAAUUGGAAGCACCAAAUAUUAACAUAUCAAUUAAAGAAGGCAACACUUCUUUUUUUCAGACUUGUUUCAAUGGCCUCAACUCCAUCACCGGAAUCGGAAUUCUAUCGGUUCCAUAUGCAUUGGCAUCAGGAGGAUGGCUGAGCUUAAUCUUACUUUUCAUCAUAUCCAUGGCGGCUACAUACACGGGUUUACUUGUAAAAAGGUGCAUGGAUGUCGAUCCAACCAUCAAAUCAUAUCCUGAUAUAGGCGAACAUGCAUUUGGUAACAUCGGCAAAAUUCUGGUAACCCUAGUUCUUUACGCAGAUCUCUAUAUGGUUAUCACAGGAUCCCUAAUUUUAGAGGGCGACAAUUUAAACAAUUUAUUUCCCGAUUUGACUGUCGAAUUGAUUGGAAUUUCAAUCGACGGAAAAUCGAGCUUCAUUAUAAUCGUGGCUCUGAUUGUUUUACCGACUGUUUGGUUAGAUGAUCUUAGCAUACUUGCGUAUAUCUCUGCUGGUGGUGUUGUAGCUUCGUUUGUGAUACUAAUAUCGGUCAUAUGGGUUGGUGCGUUCGAAGGAAUUGGGUUCGAAACAAAAGGAGAAUUGUUCAAGUUGAAUGGAUUGCCGACUGCUGUUAGUUUGUUCAUGUUUUGUUAUACUGCUCACCCUGUGUUUCCUCCUCUCUAUACUUCUAUGCACAACAAACAACAAUUUUCUACGGUCUUGCUUAUAUGUUUUGCCGUAUGUACCCUUGGUUACGCUAUAAUGGCAAUUCUUGGAUAUUUAAUGUUCGGACCAGAAUUGGAAUCCCAAAUAACAUUAAACCUUCCGAAGCAAAAAAUGGGUUCACAUGUAGCAAUCUUCACAACAUUGGUAAUUCCACUAGCAAAGUAUGCACUCAUGUUAAAACCAGUGGCGAUGUCUUUAGAAAGUUGGUUUCCAACAUACCAAAACAAAAAAUCAUUCAAAAUUGUGUUGAGAACAAUUUUGGUAGCUACACAAGUAAUUGUAGCUUUGUCUGUUCCAUUCUUUGGGUAUCUAAUGUCACUUGUUGGAGCUUUACUAAGUGCUACGGCUUCAUUAACAAUACCUUGUUUGUGUUACUUGAAAAUUUCAGGCACUAAAUGGGGAGUUGAGAUGGUGCUUAUUUUGGCUAUUCUACUACUUAGUGUUUUGAUUGUAAUUUUUGGUACUUAUACUUCGGUGCUUCAAAUUCUUGGUGAAAUCAUGAGAUCUUGAAAAGGAAAUUGUAAACUUUUGACAAUUGUGUUAUAUUAAUUUGAAUGAUUUGCAUCUCUA